AUGGGAAGGACUCCUUGCUGCAGUCACGAGGAACUCAGAAAAGGUGCAUGGACGGCUCAAGAAGACCAGAAACUCGUUGCUUACAUUCAGAAAAAUGGCACUGGAAGCUGGCGUACCUUGCCUCAGAAAGCUGGUCUUCAAAGAUGUGGAAAGAGUUGCAGGCUGAGAUGGUUUAAUUACCUCCGACCAGACAUUAAGAGAGGAAAAUUGAGCCCAGAAGAAGAGCAGACAAUCAUUAAACUUCAGGCGGUUCUUGGAAACAGGUGGUCAAGUAUUGCAAAGCAUUUACAAGGGCGAACUGAUAACGAAAUCAAGAACUAUUGGAACUCAUAUCUGAAAAGGCACUAUGAUCCAUCGACUUCUAAACCAAUUAGCACUGAUGGUUCCACAGAAUCAAAAUCCACUGACUUGUGCAAGGUUCAAUCAACGGAAACUGAUUUCCAUGAACCAAGUGCCACUACACCCCAAUCUCAUGAAUCCAGCAUAUCAAAGUCAAUGUCAUCUUCAACUCAGCUUCUCAACAAAGUUGCUAGUAAAAUUCUUGCAUCUGGGUUACUUGAAGCAAUUAAAUCAGGUCAACCUGUUGUUGCUGGGAACAGCAACAGCGAAAGUAUGGUGAAAACUGGAACUGAGCUAGAAAAGAACAAUAAUAGAGAUCCCCUUGUGCCUAAUUUGACCUCGUCAAGUCAUUCAGUAACUUCUGCUCAGCUACUGAACAAGAUGGCUACUUCACUCCCUCAUAAAGUUCAUGGCCUUGAAUCUGUCAAAGCUAUUUUUUCAAAAUUGAUGGAAAGUAGUGAAAAGGGUGACACUGCUAGUGAUGGUAGCUUUAUUAGCAGUGAUCAAGUUGGAGAUUGUUUGAAUGCUCUGAACUCUUUUGAGGAUGAACCACACAUAACCGAAAUGGUUGGGUCCCCUUCUAGUCCUUCACUAAUAUUCAAUCAAGCGACCACACCCUCAUGCUUUUCAGACAAUGCAGAUAAUUGGCAAUGCAUUUCAUCUACCAAUGUUCCCUUCAGAAAUGGUGCUCCAAGGGGUGGUGAGUGCAGUGUUUCUGAACUCAACUUGGGCGAGUCUUCCAGUUCAACAUCGUCCUUCCUGUUUGAGAAUGCUGAUCUUGGAACGUGUGAUGAUGAAAUAAGCAAGUACAUUCUGUAUUUGUAA